AUGGCAGCUAACAGAAUUAAAGGUUUAGUCAGCAGAAACAAAAGACGUCUUAAGGAGGAUGGUUUUGACCUUGAUUUGACCUACAUCACUCCUAACAUUAUUGCGAUGGGAUUUCCCUCGGAGAAACUGGAAGGAUACUACAGAAACCAUAUGGAAGAUGUCAUCAGAUUCUUAGAGUCAAAGCAUAGGGACCAUUACAAAGUCUACAACUUAUGUUCAGAACGCAGUUAUGACCCAAGCAAGUUUCAUAACCGUGUGGCUUAUUAUCCAUUUGAUGAUCACAACCCACCAAGACUGGAACUGAUCAAGCCAUUCUGUGAAGAUCUGGACAAAUGGCUAUUCCAACAUCCAGACAAUGUAGCGGCAAUCCAUUGUAAAGCUGGAAAGGUUUGUAAAAGAAUCGUUUUCAAAGAUGCUGAGGAAGCACUGAGGCAUUAUGGCGCAACUCGAACAAGAGAUGAAAAGGGAGUCACAAUCCCAAGCCAGCGUCGCUAUGUGUUAUAUUACGCAGAUCUAUUGAAACCUGGGAUAGAGUACCAGCAGGUUAGCCUGCUGUUGCGAGGUAUCAAGUUUGAAACCAUUCCCAUGUUUAGCGGUGGUUCCUGCACACCAUACUUCGAGGUCCACCAGCUGAAGGUGAAAGUCUACACCUCACCUGUCUACGAAGGUGUACGUAAAGAUCGCAAUAGUUUCUACAUGCCCGUAAAUCAUGGCAACCAAUCGAUUCCAGUCUGUGGUGAUAUCAAGGUGGAAUUUUUUAACAAGUCCAAGAUCAACAAGAGGGAGAAGAUGUUUCACUUCUGGUUCAACACCUUCUUUGUUACUGAGAGAGAGAACUCCAAUGAACUCCUUUCUCUGACGUUACCAAAGAUGGAGUUAGACAGAGCCAACAAAGACAAAUCUCACAAACUCUUCAGCCCAAACUUUAAG